AUGGGCUCAUCCGCUUCCAAACCAGCGCGCUCGGCCGCCCAGGCCGCCUCACGCCGCCAAUACCCCAAACAACCAGCCGCCCCUUCACCCGCAACAGCAUCACAAAGCCCAGCAGCAAACGCCCCCCGACGACCACCUCCACCUGCCCCCUCCCCAGCAUCUAGAGAACCAAAUAUCCCACCGCAGACUCCCGCGCAGGGUCCAACAUAUCAUUCCAAGGAGAAGGCUUCAACUGAGAAAUCAUCCGCAAUUGACCUCGACGGCCGCGACCCGCACUUCGCCGCCUCCCUCCGCUCCAUCGGCGCCGUCAAGCCCUCCCCCACAUUCUCACAUUCAAGCACAUUCAACCAAACACAACAAGGCCAAGACCAUCAUCCAGUACAACCGCAUUCGCCGACCGUAUUCCCCACAGCGUCGAAUCCAGCGCUCCUCGUCGUCACGGCGCGGCAGCGGGCUACAAGAGAGGCUGAGUCUGAAGCUGAGGAGAUGGGGAGAGGCGGAUUUUCGGGACGCAGAUAUUUGGAUGCGUUAACGAUUAGGCAGGCUCUGGCUAUGCGAGAUAGACAGGGGCUUCCGGAGGGGGAGAUUGAGAGGACGUUGAGACUGAAGCAGGGAGCUGUGGGGAGGAUUGGGGGCAGGAAUGGGGUUUUUGGGGUUCCAUGA